AUUUUUUUCAAUUUUUUUUCAAUUUUUCUUUCUUUCACUUCCUGUCUUUAUCGAUGCCGCGCGCCAAUUCGUCCUCGACUGCAGCCGCGAGCGCCGGUGCUUCGAGCGACAAGACAACAACAAAGAAGCGCACUGUUCUGCAGGAGCGCGCGUCGGUGUCUGCAGAGCACGGCGACGAGCAGGCGGAGGUCGAAGCGCCGCCGACCAAACAAACUGUUUCAAAGGCCGUUUCAAACCGCUCCAAGCCAACCAAGUCCAGCAAGGUCGCUGCCGCCAUGACUGGCGCGCUGGACGAGGCAGAAGCCGAAAAUACGUCCAGCACCACCGUCGAAGAUGCCGCUGGGGCCGAGGGAAAGGGCCGCGGUGCGAAGGUGCAGCGAGCAUCGGCAGCCAAUGCAAACCGCUCGUCCCGCGACCCCGCCAGCGAUCUCAGCGAGGCGCUGCGUGCAGCCAUGGACGAUGCGCAGCGUGGAUAUGCGUCGCACGACAAGAACAUCCGCGCCAUUUACAAGGCGGCGGCUCGCAUCUCUGCGGCGCGUCCGGCUGCAGGCGAGGACUUGUUCCGGACCGAGCUGGUGACGCUGGUCAACAACAUUCUGGUCGUGUUCAAGCGCGAGCCAGCAGUCGAGCGCUUGGUGGAAUUCACGGCGCGACUGGUCUCGGCGGCGCCAGCACUGGAGGAAGGUUCGUCCGAAACCAAGACCAACUGUGCGCUGGCGGUCUUUAUGAUGCAGUAUCUGUUGCACUUCCACGGCGCCAAGGACAAGGCCGUGCGCUUCCGCGUGUGCCAGCUGAUUUCCAAGACGCUCGACCACCUCGGCGAGGAAGCCGAGAUUGACGACGAGCUAUGGGAGAAAAUCUACAACGCCAUGCUCGAGCGCGCCAUUGACAAGGUGCCAGUCGUUCGCGUGCAGGCAGUUCACGCCCUGUCUCGUCUGCAAGACCCGCACGACGCGGAAUGCCCCGUCAUCUCCCAGUACAUCAAGCUGCUCACGCUGGACUCCAGCCCAGACGUGCGCCGCUGUGUUUUGGCACAAAUUGCAGUCACCAAGCUCACCAUGCCACACAUCCUGGAUCGCACCCGUGAUGUCAAGGAGGACGUCCGCGCACAGGCAUUUGCCGUGCUGGCAGAAAAAGUGCACGUGAAGGCGCUGCCCGUCUCGGAUCGCAUUCGCCUGCUCCGCGAAGGCCUCAACGACCGCUCUGCUGUUGUGCGGCAAGUCUGCGGCGACCUCGUCUGCAAGAGUUGGCUAAAGAGCGCCAAGGGCUCCAUUCCCGAUGUCCUCAGCUACCUGCACGUUCUGGACCACACCGCAUUGGCUGAAUCGGUGGUCAAGUACAUGUGCUCUGAGGCGAAUGGCAUUGUGGAUUUGGACAAGCUGACCUACCACGACUUUUUGAGUCAAGCCCUGACUCCAGAGGCCGCUCUUUAUUGGCGCGUUGUGUGCGAGCAUGUGACGGCUGUGUCGGAGCAGCCCGAUGCGCGCCAGCAGACCAAUUCCAAGCGUGCCGCGCUGGCGGAUGAGCGGAUUGAGCGUUUGGUGCCCGAAAUUUCAGUGUUUUGCAGCAUUGUCAAGCGGCACAUUGAGCUCCAGCUGGCAGCCGCCAAGGGCACCGUCGAGGGUGGUGUCGCGCCCGAGAUGCUGGACCAGCCCCGCGCCGAAUUCAUCACGCUGCAAUUGCUGCAACUGGCCGCCGUGCUGGACCUCAGCGAUGAAGCAGGUCGUCGAAACUUGAUUGCCCUGGUGCGCUCCUUGUUGCUCGAUCUGCACACCCCGGCAGACUUUGUCAGCCAUCUUGUCAAGCUGGGUGCGCUGCUCGAGCCGCGAGAGGUGGAUUGCAACCGGUUUUUCGUCGAGCUGAUUGAGCAAAUCUGGCCCUUCCUCAAUGAAGAGUCCAUGAAUGAGAGCGUUGCCGACAUUACUCACGUCGAAGAUGCGCCAGUGUCGGUGGAGGUGGACCCGAGCAUUGCCAAAAUGUCCGCCAAGGAGCGCAGUCUCAAGGUGGCCGCGCUCAAGGUCACCUUGAUGGAGCUCGAUGACGCCAAGGAACAAUACGCACAGCAAGAUCGGUUUGAGGAUGCCGCCAAGGUGCGCCAGGAGAUGGAUGACAUCAAGGCCCAGAUUGCCGCCAUUCAGCGUGCUUCAGAGUCUUCCUCCUCGAAACUUGUGGCUACCACCACUACUACCACUACUACCACUACUACCACUACUACGACUGCUACUGCUGCUGCUGCUGCUGCUGCUGUCCCACAGGAUUUGUCUGCCGCUUGGGCGCGAGCACUGCUGAUUCUUGGCUUGCACGUUGAAUCAAUGUCCUCGCCUCGAGCCCUCCAGCGAAACAUCCCCUCGCGAGCUUUCGACAAGCUCGUUCUUUGUGGCAUUCAAGAAUCCGAGGUCAAUGUUCGGCGAGCCGCCUUCCGCACACUCAGCAUGUUCAUGCUGCUCGACGUCGCCAAUGGAUGCGCUUUCGUGCCAGUCCUGAUCACCGCCUGCGAGAAUGAUUCCGACAAUCGUGUCGUGACCACUGCAACUGAGGCUCUGUUGGAUUUGGCGCUGGUCCACGGUGACGACAUUUUUAGGUCGCUGCCAUCGGCCACCACUACAGUCCGCGAGUCGCUGAUUGCCACGCUUGCACGAGACCCAUCCCAGCUGAAGCUGCGGUGUAUUAUUCUGGAAGGCUUUGCCAGACUGCUGUACUCUGGCCGCUGGAUGGCGCCCGACGCGUUGAGCGAGCUGCUGCUGGCCUACUAUGAUCCGAUUCUGAGCAAGGAGACAUUCUUGCAGCAAUGCCUGACGGUCUUCUUCCCAGCGUUUGCCACGGUGCAUGCAGAGCGACAGGCAGUCCUUGCUGACGCAUUUUUGCUUGCUCUUCGUCGCGUCGCGGAUGCCAGCUCGGUCGAGUCGUUUGGUCAGAUUGACUGCUCGCGCAUGGCAAAGAUGGUCGCCUACCUCAUCCACUCGUCCAGCCUUGUUGCACAACCGUCGUCCCCAGCAUUGCUCGUCUCGCUCCACAAUCGGGUCGUGACUCGCUUGCUCGAGUCGCUUGCGGCUGCCAGCGCUUUGGAGGAGGGCGAGGCGUUGUCGCGAUUGAUUGUCAAGACUCUUCCCUCCUUCCACAUGGACACCACGGAUGAAGGUGCUGUCGAGGCAGUCCAAGCCUUGUGUGGCAAGGCUGCGUCCCAACUCCGUGGAGACAAGCCGCUGCUCAAGCUCUUUGCCAAGUUCCGCGACUCGAUUGGCGCCGAUGGAGGCGACGCCGUCCCAGCGCCCGUUCCUGAAGAACUGGCCGCCGUUGUCGAGCCCGCCAGUGCUGCCGACAGUGAUGGCGAUGAGGAUGUCGAAAACAAUGGCGAGGACAGCGACGCAAGUGACGAUGAUGAGGAAGAUGGCGAAAAUCUUCUCGCCUCUCCAAAGCAGCCUGCAAGCAAGACGGCUAAAGCCGCCAAGCCUGCUGCCGCCAAGUCGAAGGCUGCUGCUACCAAGCAGCCAAUCACGCAGCCCACUGCUCGGCCUCGACGGGGCGCGCGACAAAACUAUGCCGGACAAGACAAUGUAGCAGAGCUCGAUGAUAUUUGAACGAGAGUGUAAAGUGUGAUUUGGAUUGGACUCGUGUCUCUCAUGCUCGAGCGGGUGCCAAAUGCAAAGAAGAGAAGGAGUUGUUGCUGUUUUUUGAGUCUGUCGGUUAUUUUUUUGGAUUUGGUUAAUGAAACGUUGAUUAUGCU